UUAGAGCAUAAUAUUGGCAUUAUAGGUGUUUGAACAAACACUGUAUUUUAUCUGCUAUCAAAUAUAAAAAUGUGGGUGGAUGAUACUUUUCCCGCAACAACUUCAAGUAUGUUUUUUGACGCAAAGGAACUUGAAGAAGAAAUUCACUGGAAAAGACCACAGGACUUGUCUACAAAUUCAGUACUAGCAAAGAUGGAUAAUUAUUCCUUACCAAUGCAGGGAAAUUUGGGAAACUGCUGGUUGAUUUGUGCAUUCUAUGCUCUCGCAAAAUCAGAGACCGUGUGGAACAAAGUGUUUGAAUUUUGUGAAUUCGAUAUUUCCAACAGUGAUUAUAAGGGGAAGAUUAUCAUUCAAUUGUGGGUGAAUGGUGUUUGGGAGAAAAUUACUAUUGAUGACAGACUGCCUACAAUAUAUAAAGAUGGUCAAUAUAAACUAAUAUAUGGAAGUUGCAAUGAUUCAUCACAGUUUUGGGCACCUUUGCUGGAAAAAGCCUGUGCGAAACUUUAUGGUUGCUAUGAAUCAUUGAUAUCAGGACGAGUAUCUGAAGGUUUUUUACUUGUAACUGGUGGAUAUACUUGGUGUGAGGAGGUAUCAAAUGGUAUAACAAAGAUGGAAUAUUUAUUAGCAAGAAUUAAAUUAAUAAAUAAAUCAAGAAACAAGUAUGGUACUCAGGAUUCAAAUGUUUUUGUUAGUUGCGACAAAGCGCUUACAACUGAUACCAAAAAUAUCUUGACACAAGAAUUGCAUUGCUAUGCUUUGGUAGAACUAGAUGAUACCAAUAUUGGCAGCAUUAAAGUUAAAAUAUGGAAUCCUUGGCAGAGCUCAUCUGGAGCCAAAUCUUCAAACUCUUGUGUCAAUGUUUUCUUGGAAGAUCUAAUUGAAUUUAGACCAAGGGUAACAUAUACCACGACUGAUUUAAAUUGUAUUUUGAAUGUUUUCAAUCAAUCGAUUUACCAGAAUUUUAUUUCUGAAAAGCUGGUAUACGGUGAGUGGAGGGCUUUAUGUACAAGUGGCGGUACCAGACAAUCAAACACUUUUCAUGAAAAUCCUCAAAUCUAUAUAUCAUUAAAAAACAAUUCUAAUAUUCAUGGUAUUCUACAUGUAACUUUAUUUCAGGUAUCCAAGAGAAACUCCAGUAAACGAAAAUUUCUUGAACAAGCAAUAGGUUUACAUAUUUUCAAUGCUGAUUCAAAGCCAUCUUGUCGCUUAUCUCUUCAACAAAUAAAUUCACUAAAUUCAAUUUUUAGCACGAAACCAGAGUAUGAAUAUUCACAAAAUAGAAGUUCUCUGGUUUCAUUUCAGUUUAAUGAUAAUGCCCCCAAUCAUUUUAUUCUAGUACCAAGUACAUUUUCUACUAAUAUCAACUGCAAUUUUCUUCUGCGCAUCAUCAGUUGUUCAUCUAUUGAUGAAUGUAAAGUUUUAUCCUGACUGAAAGCGAAAUAAAAAAAAAUAGUUUUAGUAUUAUCACUGUUUACAUAUUGACUCUUACAAGCGUGAAAAGUUUUUUUUGCCUUCCUGUUUUUUGUAUUACAAUUUCCUCCCCUAGCCGCAUGCACCGCCAACAGGAAGUAAGCUUUGGAGCACUGUGGUGAAAAUCUGGAAUAGGUCACGCUAGAGUUUACCACGGUCUCAUUAUGGCUGGCUGUUCGUGUAAGCAUGUGUGACUUUUAAUCCUACCAAGAAUAAUUUUCUACUUUGAAUGGUCAUAUUUUCAAAUACUAAAUGUAUAUAUUUCGAUUCUUGAA